AUGUCAUCCUCCUUCUCUUCGUUUUCACUUCUCCUCCUCUCUGAGGUUUUGAAUUCAUCCAAUGAAUGGUUUCGGAAAGUCUUCUUGUCAUUGCUUGGACAAUUCGAGAGGAAAAUGAUCGUACGAACAAACCGAGAGUCUAAUCACACGAUGACCACACAACAACUCUCUCCUACACUCAUCACUCAAAUAUUAAUUUUAAUUUCAAGCAUUUUGACAGGUGGAUUCCGAUAUUAUCAUUCCAUCAUGAAUAGUGAUCAUGCAUUGAUGAUGAAUCAAGAACUUGAAAAUGACAGCAGUGGUGGUGGUGGUAAUAGUAUUACUUCUACCACUACUACUACUACUACUUUAUCAACAUUCUCAUUGAAAAAUCCAUUCUUUGGAGAACGACCACAUUACUUUAUGCCACCCUCUGAUAUGGAACAAUAUCGACGAAGAGGACGACAAUCUCAAACAGGAUCAUCCACACAAGAAUUAUCACACGUUUACAUUCCCUAUCCCAAUGAUCCUCCUCACACAUUUCCAUCGAUUAAGGCAAGAUCACUCUUUACAAAAUCUCCAAACAAGUUAAGUCAAGUCUAUAUUGAGAGAAUUGAUCCAGUGAAUCGAUCCAAUUUGAGAAGUGGUGCUAAAUUAAAAGUACCAUUACAACAAUUAGAAGAAAGAUUUAGAACUGUUUAUACCAAUGCUAAAGAUAAUGGAUUGGAAAUUACAAUGAAUGUGAAAAAGAAUUUAAAUUCUCAAGAACAAUUUGAAAAGUUAGGAUUUUAUCAACAACAAGAAACAACAACGAGUAGUAGUAGUCAGAGUGGUGGUGGUUCGAGUGGUGGUGGUGUUGGUACGAGUGGUACUAGUACUCCAACUUCAAUGGAAAGUGUCAAUACUACAAAUUCAUCCAACCAUUUGACCUAUGAUUUUCAUCAUGUGGAUGGUCUAAUAACACCACCCUUAUAUCGAUUGGAAUAA